GCCAAGCGCCAUUAUCGACAAUUGCCGCCAAGCUCGUCCGAGGCAGUGCUCAUGCAGAACGUUAUUGAUUCUCUUGAAGCUGUUCCACUUUCAUCAAUGCGAAAGUUUGCUACACGAUCACUGCGUUUUAUGGACGCAUACCGCAAGGGUUUAAACGGCAAACAAGCUGCAUUUGCGACGAAAAAGUAUCGUGGUCACUGCACUCUCCCACUGUCUGUUUUCGAUGAUCUCGCCGAGCUCAAUUAAAGCACCUAUAUACCUUUAUACAACUACUAGUACUACUAUAUACACCUUUCUAUUGUCUGUAC